UGUUCGAUUUUGACAAGAAAAUGACAGCACCAUAUAAAUAUAAACAAAGAAGUUUGGUUAGGUUAUGUUUUCAAGUUUUGAUCAUGCAAUACGUUCGUUUUACAAAGUAAACCUUUACUAAAAAUGUUGAAUUCUCGUAGGAUAAUAAAUUACUGUUAUUCAAAAUCAAUAUUAAAUGCUAUUAAUAGUUCUCAUGGAAAGCGUUCAUUUCAUAGUGUCGAGUUACAUGAUAUUCCCAAGAUAACUGUGACGGAUAUCCGAAAGUUAUUGCGGCAAAAAGGGUUUCCUGUACAAGAUGGCUUUACAUCUCUUACAACGAAAUGUACAGUAUGCGCCGGGCAGAGUACGUGUGGUGAAAGCAAAGUGUACAUUAACAAAACCACUGGAUAUUUUUUAUGCCCUGCAUGUAAUGUGCACGGCAGCUGGAGCGUGCUAGAGAAGCACGUGCGGAAGUCUAAGACGGACCAGGCCACGCGAGAGCACAUUGACCGGUGCCUGCAACAGAAUGCUCGUUUCCAAGAGGACUGGCUACAACUUGUUAGCAAAUCAACAUCUUUAGCCGACCUGACUGUACCACAAUUAGAAGACUUGUCCAACUUGUUUGAAUUUACUACAUCUUUAACAAACUGCAAUGCCGGCAAGGUAUUGUCAGACGUCAGAGUGUCCCAAGACCGGACUACUCUAUAUUUUCCUUUAAAGAACUCAAUGGACAAUGUUGUGGGUUAUCGUAAAAUGCAGGCGGGUAAGGAGGAGGAAGAUGAAAUUCAUGGCUUAGCUUCUGCUGGCCUAUUCUGGUGCAGACCUACUAAAGUGAGCUGCAGUGAUCAAGCAGUAAUAGUUACUAGCAUUAAUGACAUCUUACAUUUAUCUGCUCAAAAGGUGCCAGGCACACAUAUAUGGUUGAACAGCAGUAGCCUGCCUCCAACCUUGCUUCCAGCCCUUGAAGGCUACCAAAAGCUGUGUCUUUGGGGAGAUUGGGAGAAUAUGCGGGACAUUGCUAACAAGUUAGGUGAAGACAGGUGCCGUUUUGUAAGGCCGACGGACGGGCUGGUGACAGCGACGGAGGCGGCGCGAGCGCAACUGUCGCUGCGAGCGCUGGUGGCCGACGCCAAGCCCGCUGCGCAUCGCGCCAUCACCACCUUUGCUGCGCUCAGGAACGAUGUCUACGCCGAACUCUCCAAUAUCGACAAGGUGCGCGGCGUUAAGUGGCGGCGGUUCCCGGCGCUGACGCGCCUGCUGGGCGGGCACCGGCGCGGCGAGCUCACCGUGCUCACCGGCCCCACGGGCUGCGGCAAGACCACGCUCUGCGCGGAGAUGUCGCUCGACCUCGCGCAGCAGGGGGUGACGACGCUGUGGGGCAGCUUCGAGAUCCGCAACUCGCGUCUGGCGCGCACCAUGCUGCAGCAGUUUGCGGGCGUGCCGCUCGAGCACAACCUCGACCGCUUCCCCGCCUUCGCUGACGACUUCCAGAAGUUGCCCAUCUACUACCUGGCUUUCCACGGCCAGCAGCCCAUCAAGGUUGUUAUGGAGGCGGUGGAGCACGCGCGCUACAUGCACGACAUCAGCCACGUGGUGGUGGACAACGUGCAGUUCAUGCUGGGCCUGGGCGGGGGCGCGGCGGACGGCGAGCGCUACGCGCGCCAGGACGCCGUGGUGGCCGCGUUCCGCUGCUUCGCCACCGCCAGGCACACGCACGUCACGCUCGUCAUGCAUCCCAGAAAGGAACGGGAAUCGGAAGAUCUUUCUACUAGUUCAAUAUUUGGUAGCGCCAAGGCGUCCCAAGAGGCUGACAAUGUUCUUAUUAUUCAGGACAAACGUUUAACAGCAGUGCGGGGCAAAAAAUACCUUCAAGUCGCAAAAAAUCGGUACAGCGGCGACCUCGGCAUCGUGCCGCUGGAGUUCGACAAGGACGCGCUCAGCUACCAGGCCAAGAAGAAGAGCAAGGCCAAGUCUGACGAGCCCGACGCCCUGCCCCAGCAGUGCUUCGACGAGCCCCAGGCUCAGCCUGCCGACUCCUACUUGAGCGACCUUCUUAACCUCAAUAGGACGCGGUAGCGCACCGAUAAGCUUCUGCAAUUCUCCUGAAUCUGGCUGUGCGGUAAAUCAAGCAAUGAUAUAUAUAUAAAUAAAUAAAUAUUAUAGGACAUUAUUACACAAAUUGACUAAGUCCCACAGUAAGCUCAAUAAGGCUUGUGUUGAGGGUACUUAGACAACGAUAUAUAUAAUAUAUAAAUAUUUAUGAAUACUUAAAUACGUAGAAAACACCCAUGACUCAGGAACAAAUAUCCAUGCUCAUCACACAAAUACAUGCCGUUACCAGGAUUUGAACCCGGGACCAUCAGCUUCGUAGGCAGGGUCGCUACCCACUAGGCCAGACCGGUCGUCAAUAUAUGUGAUGCGCUUUCAUGGCGCAGGGUGUAAAAUGAUUCCAUGUAUUUUUAUUCUUAUGUAGCCACCGUUCCAAAGUCCAGAGUGACUUUUGUUGGUUUGCUGCUUGCCGUUUUGCUUUCCCCGACUCAGCGCCACGCAGUUUGCAGCUGCGCUGAACUCAGCGCCGAUCAGAACAAU